AAAAAAGGUUGGUUGCAUUAUAAUCAGAGAGAAAUUGAAGAUUAAUGGUGCAAUUAGCAAUAAAUAUAGGUAUGCGUUGGUUGCCGCUUCGGCCCGACCGCCUAUAUGUUGCUCAAAGGGAAAGGCUUGCCCAAAAUAUCUGCUUCAAUUGGAGUAGAAUUUUGAAGGUAGCUCGUACCGCUGAAUGCAACGCGUAAGAUGAGAUGGCUCGGAGUAAUGAAGUCUUCGGAUGUAGUUGCUCUAAAAAAGAGUCAGGCUUAUCGCCUAGAAGGCAUUUUGCUUUCUAAUACGUUGAGUGAACCUUUUCACUAUCUGCAGCAUAGCGGCAGUUCAUUGAACAGCCUAAACUAUGUCUGAAGUAG